UCACACACACACACACACACACACACACGGCUACACGCUGGUGACAUUCAAAUAUCUGGAGAAAGCCUAAAAGAAAGGGCAGAGAGGAGUGGGAGUGUACCGUACACAGAGGGCAGUGAGUGGGAGCGCCGCCCCGUGGCCAAUGGACAGCUCACUUCCAGAGCUGGAUUUAUGGCACGCAGCUGUUGAGGAGCUGACAGACGUGUGAGGAGCUCAAGCGCCGCCGCUGCUGCUGCUUCUCAAGCCGCUCGUACCAGCCCGAGCUCCGCUUACUGUUGCGCCGUGCCUCAACACACCACGCCAGCAGAUGGUGCGUGAGCAGUAUGUCACCACCACCCAGGGCAGCAGCGUGCCCAGGCCGGUGCCCGACUACGUCCACAAGAUCGGCAUUUAUGGCUGGAGGAAGCGCUGCCUCUACUUGUUUGUCCUGCUGCUCAUCAUCAUACUGGUGGUCAACUUCGCCCUCACCAUCUGGAUCCUCAGGGUGAUGUGGUUCAACACGGAAGGGAUGGGAUAUCUCCAAGUACACUCAGACGGGGUCAAGCUGGAGGAGGGCGAGUCAGAGUUUCUUUUCCCUGUCUAUGCUCAGGAGAUCCACUCCAGAGAAGACUCGUCACUUCUAGUGCACUCAUCAGAAAAUGUUUCCCUCAAUGCCCGCAAUGAAAAUGGUGAUGUCACAGGGAGGAUAUCAGUGGGUCCAAAAGAGGCUCAGGGACAUGCUCGAAAUCUGCUCAUUAACUCCCACAAUGACAACAUGCUGUUCAGUGCAGAUGGCGACCAGACUGUGAUUGGACCAGACAAACUACGAGUCACAGGUCCUGAAGGAGCAUUAUUCCAGCAUUCAGUGGAGGUGCCCCUGCUGAGAUCAGAACUUUUAAAAGAUCUGAGGUUGGAGUCUCCUACUCGCUCUCUUAGUAUGGACGCACCAAAAGGCGUUCAUAUGAAAGCACUGGCUGGCAACAUUGAGGUCGCUUCCAACAUGGAUGUUAUUCUGCAGUCUAGUAUAGGACUGCUGGUGCUGGACGCUGAAACGGUACGCAUGCCGAGCCUGCCCCUGAGCAAAGGAGGAGUUUCUGGAAAUGCUCAGGGUCUCUAUGAGGUCUGUGUCUGUCCCAGCGGCAAGCUCUUCCUGUCCAAGGCUGGAGUCACCUCCACUUGCAGUGAGAAUCAGGAGUGCUAGAAAGACUACGUAAUCAAUUUUUGAUCUCUCAGUAGAUGCAUUUUCUGAGAGGCAACAAGCACAACUGUUUAUAUCUGACUUUUUUUUUUUUUAAAUCUUUAUCCCACAGUGGAUCUAUGAUGAUCUCAGUGUUAAAAUGCCACUGGCACAUCAAGGCCUGCAAAAAUACAAAUGGCUGCUGGCUUACAUGUUGAAGAUGUCAUGAAAUGCAUCCGUUUAGUUGCAUUUAUGACCUUCUAACUAUUCAGCUGAAACAAAUUGGCACUCAGUUCUAAAUUUAUCUGCAUCAGAGCUUUGUGGAUUUUUUUUUUUUAUACAUACAAUCUUGGCUGGGCAAUGAGGAGCUGGUAACAGCUUACAUCCUAUGCAAUAUUAUCUUGUGGUGCAAUAAACAAAAGUGAUGCAUAUCAAGGGCUUGGGUUAAUCAUAAUGUUUAUUGAUUUUGGUUUACUUAUGCUUCUUAUUCCAAGCCCUUGGUAUGGAACUUUUUGUCUAGGUGUUUAGCAUGCUUUAUUUAAUUGGAGAAACAAAAUAUAGAAUUGUUGGUAUAUAUUUUGUCAUUGUCACAGACACUUUAGGUAAUUUAGAGAUGGAUUUUUAUCUGCUUUUUUUCUUAACUCAAAUUCAGCCACGACAGCAGGCAACACACUUGUUUAUUGUUUUGUUUCAACUGCUUUAUAGGCAUUAGAUUAAAAUAUUGUAUUCAUAAGGCAUAAUAAAGUUUUAGUGUGGUGUCACGUGUGUAAUUAUCUUUGGUUUUUUUUCUUCAGCUUAUAAUGUUAUGUAUGCUUGGCCUGUGUAAUUUUUAAGGCCUAAAAACCUAAGCAUAUAAUUAUGCAUUAGCUACAAGACAGUCUGUAUUUGUUCAGUAACAUUAUUCACAUCUAAGUGUUGAUAAAAAAAACAUUACCACGGCAAAACGCAAACAUACAAAACAGGUCUAAUAAAUGUACUUUGGUUGUGGGAAGUUUAUGAUUCUGAGUGGAAACAUUAUAGGAUUAUUUUGCGUUUUGCAUCAUAUAUGCAUUGAUUUUCUUUUCACACAAUAUGCAUGACAGGUAAUUAACAUUUACCUCUACCACAAUAUUAAGAUUUUGGUUCACUAUGUUAAAAAGGCAAUAUUUUGUGAUGUGAUGUUAAAUUGAGUUUAGCAAUAAUUUAACUGCAAGACUGUUUUUAGCAAAAUUGCCAUCUCAUGGUAUUGUAUUAUCAUUGUCGGUGUUAAUAAGUAGAUAGGUAGUUAUGUUCUGGCAUAUUUUGAAGUGUGUAAUGUGUAUUUAUUAAUUUUGUAUGGGAAUAAACUUUGUGCUAUUCUUCUA